GACAAGGUCGUGCAAGACGCAUCACGAAAUAUAAUAUCCCGUUUUUGCCUCGUAAGCUGCAAGGAAACACCCUCCAAGUACUAUUAAAAUGUACGGAAGUCGCCCACAAUCUGGCACCGGAGGUUUCAAUCGUGGAGGAAUGCAGGGUGGCCGACCAGGUGGUGGAAUGGGGGGUGGAUUCCGUCGUGACGGGGGCGGCUACGGUGGUGGUAACGGGGGAUCGUUCGACCGUCAGUCUAACAACGGCAAGAACCUUCGUACACUGAAGUGGGAGCCGGAAGAUUUGACGCCAUUUGAGAAGAAUUUUUACCAACCAUCGCCUGGAAUCAUGGGUAUGUCACUUACGGACAUCGACGGCUAUCUGAAUAAGCAUCAGAUUACGCUGAAAGGCCGUGACGUGCCCCGUCCGAGCGUUGAGUUUGAAGAUGGUGGACUUCCUGUGUAUAUUAUGGAGGAGCUGAAGCGUCAAGGGUUCAACAAGCCUACGGCUAUACAGGCCCAAGGCAUGCCGAUUGCACUGAGUGGUCGUGACAUGGUGGGUAUUGCACAGACCGGAUCCGGUAAGACGCUUGCCUACGUAGUGCCGUCUCUGGUGCACAUUCAACACCAGACGAGCAUCCGACGGGGAGAUGGUCCGAUCGCACUGAUUCUUGCACCGACCCGAGAGCUGGCUCAGCAGAUCCAGCAAGUGGCGACAGAUUUUGGAUCGCGCGUAAGUGCAAACAAUACGUGCGUUUUUGGUGGCGCUCCAAAGGGACCGCAGAUUCGCGAUCUUGAGCGGGGAGCCGAGAUUGUGAUUGCCACUCCCGGGCGGCUGAUCGAUUUUCUAGAACGCGGCAUCACCAACUUGCGCCGCUGCACCUAUCUGGUGCUUGACGAAGCCGACCGCAUGCUGGACAUGGGCUUCGAACCGCAAAUCCGUAAGAUUAUGGGUCAGAUCCGACCCGAUCGUCAGGUGCUGAUGUGGUCUGCUACAUGGCCGAAGGAGGUGCGCAAUCUAGCCGAGGAAUUCUUGGCAGAUUACAUUCAGAUUAACAUCGGCUCGUUGAAUUUGUCCGCGAACCACAACAUCCUGCAGAUUGUGGAUGUGUGCGAGGACUACGAGAAGGAUCAGAAAUUGAUGAAACUGUUGACGGAGAUUUCGGCGGAGCCCGACACGAAGACGAUCAUCUUUGUCGAGACAAAGCGACGGGUGGACGAUAUUACGCGUAUCGUUAACCGUAACGGGUGGCGUGCUGUUGCAAUUCACGGUGACAAAUCGCAACAGGAGCGCGAUUACGUUCUCAACACAUUCCGUAACGGGCGUCAGGGUAUCUUGGUGGCCACGGACGUAGCUGCGCGCGGUUUGGAUGUGGAAGACGUAAAGUUCGUAAUCAAUUACGACUAUCCGUCGAAUUCCGAAGAUUACGUGCACCGGAUUGGUAGAACGGGACGUUCUAACAAUACCGGCACCGCUUACACCUUGUUCACCAACUCGAAUGCCAACAAAGCGAACGACCUAAUCAACGUAUUGCGCGAAGCGAAUCAGGUCAUUAAUCCGCGGCUCGUGGAACUUGCCAAACCGAACAUGGGCAAAGGUCGCCAGCGGUACAAUAAUCAUCGCUUCGGUGGACAACAGAACCGUCCGCCACGUGACGGUCCGUACGGCGGUGGGCAGCGUCACGAUGGUGGUGGACGAUUUGGCGGACAGCGGGAUGGAGCCCCGAAGUUCGGCGGCGUCGGCAGCCGGGGAGAUGGCGACAAGUACGGUCCACCGCGCACUGACAACCGGCUAUCGAUGUACGGCGUGACGGCGGGUCUGCCUCCACAGACACUGGGAGGUCUCGCUGCCAGCACAGCCAUGGGUGGUGCCAAAUCACUUGGGGGAGUAGGCGGAAUUGCCCAACGCCAGAGUCGCUUCUCGGCACCACCUUCUUCGGCGACGGCUGCGGCUGCCGCUGCUGCAGCAGCCUUUGCCUCCAGCUAUCACCAUCAGCAGCAACAGCAAAACAAGUAUACCGGCGCGACAUCGAUGGCCGCUGGUCUAGCAGGGGCGCAUCCCUCGGCUGGCGCCGCUGCCGCGGCCUACGGUGCGUCAGCUUCCGCGUACAAACCACAGUCCGCUGCCGGUGGCGAAGCAGCCCACCUGUACGGUAGCAGUGCCGGUUAUGGUGCGCGAUCACAAGCAACCGCGUUGCCACCGGGUGCGGCCGUUGCAGUAGCUGCGGCUGCUGCCUACCAGUACGCGGCGAACAACGCCAGUCCUGCUUUCGCCUAUCCGCCGCCGCAAGUUGUACUCAACUAAAGCCAACACGAUUUUCUUUCUUUUUACAACUCUCACCUUACUAACUAUUACUAGGAAUAGUAUAAUUUGAACGAAUGGAUAGAAGAAAUAUUUGAAUUUAAUUAGUUACAGACGAAUAUCAUCGUUCGGGUUGGUGUAACCUUCACAAAUAUGCAACACUUCCCUGUCAUGGUAUGUUAAUAUAAGAACGGAUUAAGUUAUAGAUAUGAAAUAACAGUAACAGCAUGCGUACAUUGCAUCUGCGAUGGGGACGUGAUGCAUUUUUAUCUCCCUAUAAAAAUGAGCGGGGACGACAAUGGGUGAUAUAAUUUGUUUUGUUUUGUUUUAAUUUCAAUAAUUAGAAUAAUUCUGUAUUUAUAUAUCUAUAUUGCUGUAAAGUAUGGAUAGGCCCGAGUACCAUACUUGAUUUUUUUUUCGGUUGUACCUUUCGCUAGGAGUGUGUCGAAAUUCAUCUUUCGCAAGUCGUCUGAGAGUGCUCAUCCUUUAUAUCCUGUUUAUACCCUGAGACGCUUGCGAAAUUGGAUUUACAUUUUAUUUCGAAAGGGUCUCACUACUUUCAUGAUUCCACUCCCGUACCUUAUAUGUUUAUUGGAAUUAUUUUCAAAUGAACCUUUUUUGAAAUUACAUAUGAAUUUCACGACAGCAACUCGCAUAUGGUGUUGUUGGAUUAUAGAUGAUUAGGUACAGCUUUUCGCUUAAUCUCAUGAAUUUACUUUACAGAUUUAACUGAAACAAAUAUUUAUGUUAUAGAAUUCAACAAUCGCAAUUUUUAUAAUGUAAAUAUAAUCAAUGCAAAUUACAGAAAACAUUCAAACCCUACCGCGGACUGUAUGAGAUAAAACCUAAACCCCACAGUCUCAUGUGUGAGACAUGAUUUAGCCAAAUGCAAAACCAGCCUAGUAGAUUUAUAAAAUCAACCACAGAAGUAGUUAUAUGUUAGUUGGCUCCCUUGAUGUGUCGUCUAAUAGAGACUUUUAACCAUAUAGCACUGUAUGACGUCGCGGUCCUUUGCACCACUCAAUUAAUGGUGACAAACGAUAACAAAACAGCAAAUGAAAAAAAUGUAGCAUAUUUAUGCACAUAGGUUUUCUAUUGCAUUAUCGUGUAUCAAAGGUGUAUAUCGUUCGGAUGUGGGUAAUAUUUCUUUUUCAAAAUUUUGUUUGUAAUCUUAAAGUCCCGUAACUGUGAGCUAAUGCAAUAUAUCUGAACACAAUAACUACAAAAAUACAUUAAGCAAACAAAAAACUCAAGAAAAAGCAACAAAUUAUCUUGAAUAACCUUGCAUUGUCGAACAAAAGUAAACUGGCACGCUCCAUAUUUUGUAUGUGAUGUAACGUGGACCAACCGUCCCGAAGUAAUUCGAGAGAAUGUCUGAAUCGGAGUGAAGUUUAUUUGUAGCAACAAUAAAGAGAAAUUCAAAUA